GAUGUGUGAUGGAGGUGACUUGGCGGUUUUCUCCAAACCCGUCGCCUUGCGCGCGUGGCCAGGUGAAAUGGGACGGGAACGGAGCAGUUCCAGUAUCUCUCUGCCUUCCAUGCGCCGCAAGGUGGACCUCAACGCCUACCGCUGCGCGCCACCGGUCAGCGACUACGCCUUCAGCGAGGGCGGAACCGGAAGCGGAACGGGCGAGGAAGAACGGCACUCAAGCUACGGGGUGUUUCCAUUGGCGUCGCUCUUCAAUCACUCCUGUGCGCCCAACAUGUGCAAGGUCCUACUGGCUGACUGGGUGUUCCUGAGGGCCGCCCGGGACAUUGAGCCAUUGGAGGAACUCACACAGUUCUACUGUGAUAUCCGAAUGCCCGUGGAAAUGCGACAGAAGGAGCUUUCAGAGCUGUUUGGCUUCUCCUGCGCUUGCCCUCGUUGCCGCUUCGAACUUCAGCUGGAGAGUAACGAUGGUGACGGGUCACUCGAACUGUGGCAGCGCUUCUACAGUUGCGAGG